AUGCCAGUUUUUGCACCAGAGAAACUCAUUUGUCCAAUUACUUUUCUUCUCUUACUAACAAUUCAGCGGUCACAAGCAGUUCUCAAUGACCAUUAUUAUGACGAAACAUGUCCACAAGCUGAGAAAAUCAUCUUGGAUACAGUUCGUAAUGCUUCAAUGCAUGACCCUAAAGUCCCAGCUCGGAUUCUCAGGAUGUUCUUUCACGACUGCUUCAUAAGGGGAUGCGACGCGUCAUUGUUGCUAGAUUCGACUCCAGAAAACAAAGCUGAGAAAGAUGGACCUCCCAACAUCUCAGUUCGAUCAUUUUACGUGAUUGAUCACGCGAAGGCUAAGCUUGAAAUGGCUUGUCCACAUACUGUUUCCUGUGCGGAUAUAAUCGCCGUUGCAGCAAGAGAUGUCGUGACAAUGUCCGGAGGCCCUUACUGGAAUGUUCUAAAAGGAAGGAAAGACGGGAGAGUGUCCAAAGCGGCGGAAACCAUUAACUUACCAGCUCCAAGUUUCAAUGUUUCCCAACUCAUUCAAAGUUUUUCUAAGAGAGGUUUAGGAGUUAAAGAUUUGGUCGCUUUAUCCGGUGGUCACACUCUAGGGUUUUCUCAUUGUUCAUCGUUCGAAGCCAGGCUACGUAACUUUAGCAAAGUGCACGACACAGACCCAUCAAUGAAUGUUGACUUCGGCCAAAACCUGAAAAAGAAAUGCCCAAAACCAAACAAGGAUCGCAAUGCAGGAGAGUUCUUGGAUUCAACAUCCUCAACUUUUGAUAAUAACUAUUACAAACAACUUAUGGUGGGAAAAGGCGUACUCGGAUCAGAUCAAUCGUUGUUUGGUGAUUACAGGACUAGAUGGAUCGUGGAAUCAUUUGCCAGGGAUCAAGGGUUGUUCUUUAGAGAAUUUGUGGCUUCGAUGUUGAAACUUGGAAAUGUGGGUGUGAUUGAAAAUGGGGAAGUGAGGUUGAAAUGCCGAGUUCUAAACUAAUGAAAGUGAGAGAGAUAGAGUGAAUGAGAGAGCAAAAUAAACCAGAGAUUUAUUAAGAUUUUUCUCUUUUAAUAACGUUGUAUAAUUGAGCAUGUUA